AUGGGUUCGCCGAUUUCGGGACUCAUAACCGAGGCGGUUCUAAAACAGCUGGAGUCGCUGGUUUUCCGACACCUCAGACCGAAAUUUUGGGCUCGAUAUGUGGACGACACCUUCGUCGUCAUCGAACGGGAUCAGGUGCUAGAAUUUAAAGAACAUCUCAACGCAGUCUUCCCGGACAAUCGAUUUACGAAGGAGGAGGAGGAGGAGGAGGAGGAGGAGGAGGAGAAGGAGGAAGAGAAGGAGGAGGAGUAG